AUCCGACUCAAAAUAACUCAAUGAGGGUAUAACAUGUUCUUCCAUCUUCAGUGGAGUCCCGCCUCCUGGUUCUAGGAUCCUUCUGUCUGCUCUGUCCCUUCUUCAACUCCAUUUCUCAGACCACACAUCACCAGAUCAUCCAACAUGGGUUGCUGCGGCCUCUUCAAGAAGCACAAGAAGAACAAGGUUCAUGACCAGGGCUUCGCCGUCCGGCCCGUCCAGCAAACCGUCAACGGCGGCAAUGUGAGCUAUCAUCCCAGCUCGCAGCAGUACCAGUAUGGUGGAAGCGGUGGCAGGUACCAGUAUCAAGAUCCCAACCACGCGGCAAGGCUGGCGGCAAACCGGGCGCUUGCACAGGGGGCAGCAAUGGGUAUCAACGGUGCAACCCAUGGAAAAUACUCCAAAUACGUCGGCAAGGGAGCCAACAUGGCUGCGGAUCAGUUUACCAAGUAUCAGGAGAAGCAGGGCAGGUGCUCUCCCCAACCCUGACUAUGGCGACGCGUCCAAACUGACUGUGUUGAAGGGGGUCAUUAUUAAGGGUUGCGUGAGGAAGUAGUGCGUUUGUGCACGGCGACUUG